CACGCGCGGCCCGCCGCGGACUGCCUGAGCGCCGGAACCUUGGAGCCGGGUCGCGGGCUGGGCGGAAGGGUCCGUCGAGGGAGCGGUCCCCCGCGUCGCACGGAGCUCGAGGACUAGGCGCCAUGAGGCUGAGCCCGCGCGCGCUGUGUAGAGCCGCCCGGCCCGCCUGGCGGGAGAGCUUUUCUCUGGAUGGUCGCGACGUGGCGCGUUGGUUCCCGGGCCACAUGGCCAAAGGGCUGAAGAAGAUGCAGAGCAGCCUAAAGCUGGUGGACUGUAUCGUGGAGGUCCAUGAUGCCCGGAUCCCGCUUUCAGGCCGCAACCCUCUGUUCCAGGAAACCCUGGGGAUUAAGCCACACUUGCUCGUGCUCAACAAGAUGGACCUGGCAGACCUGAGCCAGCGGCAGAAAAUUAUACAGCACUUAGAAAGAGAAGGCCUAAAAAAUGUCAUUUUUACCAACUGUAUAAAGGAUGAAAAUAUCAAGCAGGUCAUCCCGGCGGUCACAGACUUGGUCGGAAGCAGCUGCCGCUAUCACCGAGGAGAGCACGUGGAGCUCUGCCUCAUGGUCAUCGGGGUCCCCAAUGUGGGCAAGUCCUCCCUCAUCAACGCGCUCAGGAGACAGCACCUCAGGAAAGGAAAAGCCACAAGGGUGGGUGGCGAGCCUGGGAUCACCAGAGCUGUGAUGUCCAGAAUUCAGGUGUGUGAGCGGCCGCUGAUGUUCCUUCUGGACACCCCCGGGGUGCUGGCUCCUCGGAUCGAGAGUGUGGAGACGGGCCUGAAGCUGGCCCUGUGUGGGACCGUGCUGGACCACCUGGUGGGGGCGGAGACCCUGGCCGACUACCUUCUCUACACCCUCAACAGGCAGCGGCUCUUUGGGUACGUGCAGCACUAUGGCCUGGACGCGGCCUGUGAUGACGUGGUGAGCGUGCUGAAGCGUGUGGCCGUGAGGCUGGGCAAGACGCAGAAGGUCAAGGUCCUCACGGGUACAGGUGACGUGACCGUGGUCCAGCCUGACUACCCCGCAGCGGCCCACGACUUCCUUCGCACCUUCCGCCGAGGGCUGCUGGGCGCCGUGAUGCUGGACCGGGACGUGCUGCAGGGCCCUCCGGACCCCUGAGCUGGUCCGGCUGGCGAGGCCCCCCACAGCUGGGCAGCAUCCUCGGCCUUCACGUCUGGUGCUGACGCGUGGGGCUCCUUUGCCAGGGGCUCUCUGCCGGUCACAGCACACUCAGGUCUCUGCUCUGGUUAGGAGGCUGUGCCCUCUGGCUCCUGCUUACAGGGCACGGGCCUGGGGUGUGGACAUAAUGGCCGCCGGAUCCCUGAGCGGCCCCAGCGCCCGGCCCGCGAGGACGCUCAGUGGUGCUCACUGUCCUUGCCCUAGGAGGGAAGCUAUGACCUGUAACUUAUUUGUAAAUUAAAAGGCCCGUCUGCCGUUGGCCUGCUCACUGUG